AUGGCUUCAGAAAGUAAACUCACACUCUCGACUGCCUUCCCAUACGCAUUUACCUUUUCUCCGUCCACCACGGCAUUCGUCGUGAUUGACAUGCAGCGGGAUUUCCUCGACUCCAAUGGGUUCGGGUCUAACAUAGACGAAAACCCCGCCAUCUUCCCGCCCGUCUGCAGGAUUGUCCCACCUCUCCCUCACUUCCUGCGCGUGGCACGACGAUUGGGAUUGCAUAUCAUUUACACGCGGGAGGGCUAUCUUCCGAACCUUGCGGAUCUGCCGGCCGCGAGGAGACUGAGAGAGACGAAAGCCCCGACUGGCGGCCAAUCGGUUAACAUCAGUGAUGAGCGUCCGACAGGAAGGUUUUCGGUGAAGGGAGAGGCAAGCCAUGACAUUAUCGACGAGCUAAAGCCAUGGCCUACAGAGUUGAUUGUCGACAAACCGGGCAAGGGGAGUUUUUGGGGCACGAGGCUUCAUAGGCUGCUGCUUGCUCGAGGAAUCACUCAUUUGAUCUUGACGGGCGUCAACACUGAAUGUUGUGUCACUAGCAUGCUGCAUGAUGGCAACGACAGAGGCUACGAAUGCUGUAUUCUCUCGGGCUGUACCACAGGGUUCGAUGAGAAUAUGGUAGCUAGCUCGCUGGAUCUCGUCUGGGGUCGAGAUGGCCUUCUCGGAUACGUCAGCCACGGCUCAGAGUUCUAUGAAUACGGAAGGCAGAUAAACCGCACGAAGCCGACGUUGUCGGAUGCCAAACGGGUGCUUGAAGUUCUUCCCUCUAACGCCGAGCUCAAAGACCUCUACAGAGCAGGCCUGAUAGAUCCAGAGAUUCUCAUGCUAAAUGUACUGGAUCGAAUAACCAGGUACGACACCAUCAAUCCAGCUGUCUGGAUUUCAAGAGAAAAUCCGGAAGAGGCGAUAGCAAACGCAAGGAAGCAAUCCACAGGUGCAACCUUCCCUGACGAGUCUAUGCCGCCACUUUUCGGCAUCCCGUUUGCUGUAAAAGACAAUAUCGAUGUCAAAGGAGUGGUUACCACCGCCGCCUGCGACAGGUUUGCCUACACUGCUACUGCCACAGCCCCAGCGAUUCAGCAUCUCCUCGAUGCCGGGGCAAUAUACGUAGGGAAGCUGAACCUUGACCAGCUCGCCACUGGCUUGACAGGGUGCCGCUCACCGUACGGAAUUCCUCACAGUUACCACAGCGAGAAACAUGCCUCGGGCGGUUCGUCCUCGGGAUGCGCUGUGGCCGUGGCCGCUGGACUUGUUUCGUUUGCUAUUGGAACCGACACGGCGGGAAGCGUUCGCAUUCCAGCAGCAUUCAACGGCAUCGUCGGCUUCAAGCCCACCAAGGGCACCAUCUCGGCUAGAGGAGUGGUCCCUGCAUGUCAGAGCCUUGAUACGAUGGGUAUUUUCGCACGUUCGGUGGAAGAGGCCAGGCAAGUCUGGUAUGUCAUGGAUCAGUAUGAUGCGCUGGACCCGUAUGCCAAACCACCAGAAAGCCUACCAACUUGGAUGGUGGACUAUCGAGGGCCAGGGGAGGGCGGCUUUACGUUUGGCAUACCGCCUGACUCCGCGAUAGAGUUGUGUUCCGCAAAGUAUCAAGAGCUCUUUCGAGUGGCUGUUGAGAGGUUGCAAUCCUGCGGAGCAACCUUGGUCGACAUCGACUACACACCUUUUGCGCAAGCGGGCGACCUCAUAUAUGGUGCGUCUCUGGUUCACGAACGUCUUGCGUCGAUAGGCCAUGACUUUAUCACAGAGAAUAUCGAGACGCUCCAUCCAACCACGAAGACGGUAUUCCAGGGCCUUCUCUCAGCCAAGUUGAGCGCCUGGGAGGUAUUUCGCGAUCAGGCCACACAAAUGCAAUGCAUUGCGGCGGUGCGCAAGACCUUUGACAAACUCGACGGCGGCAUCGACGUCUUGGUGGUGCCAACCGCACCAUUUCAUCCUACAAUUCAAGAAGUACUGGACGAUCCACUGGCAGUCAACUCUAAACUUGGGCUUUUUACACAUCCUGCAAACGUUGUUGACCUCUGCGGCGUUAGCGUAAACGCAGGAUGGGUCGAGGAGGGAGAAGCACGGCUGCCAUUUGGCAUCACAUUCCUAGCUGGUAGUGGUUGCGAUGGGAAACUACUCGAUAUCGCGGCCGUUUUCGAAAGGGCAUCGGGAUAA